AUGAAUCAAGAACUACAGGAUGGGAAUGUUUUCCUCGACGACCGUUGGCCAGGCUUCCAGGCUCUUCGUAUGGAUGACUGCCUUCCUCGGCGAUGCAUGAAAUCAUUUGCCGCGUCAUUCUUCGGCCGCAGGGUCAACGUCAAACAGGCACAACGGGAGGGAAUGGACCUCUAUGUACGAUCGCUCCGGGAGCUGAACGAUCAACUUUCUCGACCUACCCGAUCGUCGGCGGGCCAGACUGUCCUGUCAAUAGCAAUCCUCACAAUGUGCGAAUAUCUCACAGCAACAAGCGGCACUGCGUGGAUUCAGCAUAUGUUGGGCAUGACUGAAUACUUCCGAAUCCAGGGCUUCGAGAUCUUCGAACAGCCAUACACCAUGUGGGCCUUUCAGACCGAUCGAUAUUCCAUGAUCCUCGCGGCCGUCGCGGCCCGUUGUCCAACCUGUCUCGCCUCCGAAGAGUGGAAGACUCUUCCCUGGGCAGUCUCUCAAACGCCAAAGAGUCCAGUAGGGUAUCUGGUCGACCUCGCCUCUGAGCUUCCUGGCUUGUAUGUGAAGUUCGUCCGUUACCUGAAAACAGCGGAUGCGUGCGCACAGGCAGAACUGAACCUCAGCCUCGAGGCAGAUUUUGCGGACCUUCUCGAACGUAUGCGAAACUGGCACAUUCAGUGGGAGCGUGAGGCCAAACCUCAAGCUGAAGAGGUCCCUCUGUCGCAGGGGGAGCAGCAAAGAUUUGGCUUUACAUCCAAAUUAGUCUUCGAGGAUAUCGCCGACUCAGGUUACACCUUCAUCGUGUACAACGCCACGGUGAUUAUCCUUCUGGAACUUUGGAAAACGCUCCGGAAAACCCGGAUUGCCCUUUCCACAAGCCCGAAGGCCACCAUCGAAGGGGACCCAACCCGACUACCAAAUCUUUGCGAAAACGAAUUGGGCGGAGACGCCAACGACGGACUCUCCAGAAUAUCCAGUGCCUCUCUAGUGUACCAAGCCCGAAAGGCGGCUCUUGACAUCUGUCGGACAAUCCCGUUGUAUUUGAUGCCAUCGGGUUCCUGGACACAUGGCGUUCAGAUGGCCAUCGCUAUUCGCAUGGCACUCAUUGUGUUUCGCCAGGAGGUUGGCUCCCCACAAGCCGCAUGGCUGGAAGACUGUAUGCAGCAGCUUGGCAAGUCGCAGCGAGGGUGGGACAUUGGGAGGUACGCCAUGCAGUCGUACAGCUAUUCAUGA